UCUCUCCCAUCGCCUGCUCUCAUGGCCUCCCCGAUCCCGUAUCUCUUGCCGCCUCUCUCCUCCCCCAAUCCCGUAUCUCUUGCCGCCUCUCUCCUCCAAUCCCACUCCCCGUUCUUCAGCUCCCUCCCCUCCCUUCAAAAUUCAAACUGCGAUGCCGCACCGCCAUAUUACUCCCGGGGUUCCCCAUCCCUUAUGCUCGCUAUUUUCUUCUCUGCCUCCCGGAAUACUCAGUUUCCGCUGCCCUGCUCGCUCGCCGUCGCCGGUACUGCCCAGUCGCCCGCUCACCGUCGCCGAAACGAGGAAACUGCAACCCUUGUCGGCUUGUUCGCUCGCCCUGCCAGGAUUGCAUGGAGGCCGCUUACCCUGCAGGCGCGCCCGCUCGCCGUCUUCGACCGCUUCGAGGUCGACCCCCCUGCGGGCAAGCUCGAUCGGGAAUUGCAGCGCCGCCUCGCGAUCGCGGCUGACAGUUCGUCUUGGUCUGCGCUGCCUUUUCCCCUUCCAUCCGAGCACAUUGGUCACUUAAGACUCCUGUCUGGUCGUCUCCACAAGAACACAUCCGCAAAUCUACCGGGCCGGCUUACGACAGGCUCCAGCCACGCCGCUACCACCCUCAUCGCCGGCCCCUCCCCGCCUCCUCCUUGUUCCCACCAAAAGAACUUCUGGAGCCAGCAUCCGCUGAUUUGCAGAGGGCUCACCCGCCGGGGCCAGCGACCAACGUUGCUAACUUCAGAACUUCUCGUAAACAAAGAUUCGUUUGCAAAAUGCCUUGUCCCAGCCAACAGUCUGCUAAAGGAAAAGAAGUGGUAA